AAGCCUAAAUCCAGGGACCCUACUGGAGCAAGUCUGCAACCACCCCUCUCUCUUCUCACUCUGCAUUUCUUCUUCACUUGCAGAGUUUCCACUUCACCUAAUUCUCUUUGCAAAUUCUCCCAUUUGCUCUCUUGUCUGCUGCUAACACAGAUCUAACUCCUACUCUUUCACCUUAACCAAAAACGCUUCAGCUCCUCACUGUUCCAUCUUUGUAUUCUUCAAUUUGAACAAAAUAUGUGGGUACUACACCUGUGUUCCCGUAAGGUUUGUGGGAACUGUUAUUUUCACCUCCCACCUCAGCAUUCAUCUUAGAAUUGUUUUACCCCAUCUGACAAGGGUUUUCUUGAAAUUCCAAAUGUUUCGAGGUAAACCGCAUCAUUGGCAGCAUUGUUGCUUUCAAUCAAUUGAAUGUUUCCUCAUGAGAAUCUGCUCAGCUUGUCAACUGCUGCCUGCCCUUUUGGUUGUAGCAACACUUCUUCCCCUGACUCUUGGUGAUCUAGACUCUGAUAAGCAGGCNGACUCUGAUAAACAGGUCCUUCUUGCCUUUGCUUCUGCAGUUCCCCAUGGCCCGAAGAUCAACUGGAGUCCUGCCACCCCUAUAUGCUCAUCUUGGGUAGGCAUUACUUGUAGUGAAGAUGGGGCCCACGUAGUGGCUGUACGACUUCCAGGAGUUGGACUCACUGGUCCACUCCCACAAAAUACUCUUGGAAAGCUGGAUUCUUUAAGGAUUAUCAGCCUUCGAGCAAAUCGACUCAAUGGAAAUCUUCCUGUGGAGAUCACCUCACUUUCUUCCCUCCAAUACCUUUUCCUCCAGCACAAUAACUUCUCCGGACCUAUUCCUGCUUCUUUUUCACAUAAACUGAAUGUUUUGGACCUUUCAUAUAAUUCUUUCAUUGGUAAGAUUCCCGUCACUUUUCAGAAUUUGACUGAACUAUCUGGUUUGAGCUUGCAGAAUAAUUCGCUUUCUGGACCAAUUCCGAAUUUCACCCUCCCAAGGAUUAGACAUUUAGAUUUAAGCUACAACAAUCUUAAUGGUUCUAUUCCAUCAUCCCUCCAAAAGUUCCCCAACUCUUCAUUUGAGGGGAACUCACUCUUGUGUGGGCUUCCCUUAAAUCCCUGUUCCCCUCUUUUACCACCGUCCCCUUCCCCGAACAUUCCUCCCAAACAAAGCUCAAAGAAGAAACUGAAAUUAGGAGUUAUUAUUGCUAUUGCUGCUGGAGGGACUUUGCUCCUCUUUCUGGUGGUUCUAGUCAUGUGUUUGUGCUGUCAAAAAAGGAAAGAAAGCAGUGGUAGAGGUGUGUUAAAAGGGAAGUCCUCGAGCGGAGGCAGAAGUGAAAAGCCCAGGGAAGAGUUUGGUAGUGGGGUACAAGAAGCUGAGAAAAAUAAGCUGGUUUUCUUCGAAGGCUGCUCUUACAAUUUUGAUCUUGAGGACUUGCUAAGGGCUUCUGCUGAAGUUUUAGGAAAGGGGAGUUUUGGAACUGCAUACAAGGCUAUUUUGGAGGAGUCAACGACAGUGGUGGUAAAAAGAUUAAAAGAAGUCAUUGUUGGGAAGAAGGACUUUGAACAGCAGAUGGAGAUUAUUGGCAGAGUUGGGCAGCAUCCAAACACUGUCCCCUUGCGUGCUUAUUAUUACUCCAAGGAUGAAAAGCUACUUGUGUAUGACUAUUUCUCACGGGGUAGUUUGUCUUUACUCUUGCAUGGGAGCCGGGCUGCUUCUGGAAGGACACCACUGGACUGGGAAUCAAGAGUGAAAAUAUCACUUGGAGCAGCAAGAGGGAUCACCCAUAUCCAUUCAAUGGGUGGUCCAAAAGUUACUCAUGGAAAUAUAAAAUCCUCUAAUGUCCUCCUCAACCAAGAUAUGGAAGCUUGUGUCUCUGAUUUUGGUUUAGCGCCUGUUAUGAACUUUCCUGCAGCUCCAUCUCGUCAUCCAGGGUAUCGCGCUCCUGAGGUCAUUGAAACACGGAAGCACACUCAUAAAUCAGACGUGUACAGCUUCGGUGUCCUAAUGCUCGAGAUGCUUACAGGGAAGCAACCAAUUCAAUCACCAGGGCGUGACGACAUGGUUGAUCUCCCUAGGUGGGUGCAGUCAGUCGUCAGGGAAGAAUGGACCGCUGAGGUCUUCGAUGUCGAACUGAUGAGAUUUCAGAACAUCGAAGAGGAGAUGGUGCAGAUGCUUCAAAUUGCCAUGGCAUGUGUUGGAAGGGUGCCAGACAUGAGACCCACCAUGGAUGAAGUUGUUAGAAUGAUAGAAGAAGUCCGACAAUCUGACUCCGAUAAUCGGCCAUCUUCAGAAGAGAAUAAGUCCAAGGACUCAACUGUGCAGACCCCUUGAUUCCUUGGACCUCCGAGUUACAACUUGUAAGUCGUGAGAUAUUCAUCCAAUUCAACAGCUUUUGUGCCUCCUAAGGUUCUUGAAUUCAGCCUUACGAGUGUAUGCAGCUGCUGAAAGAGUGUGCAUUUGCUGAUUUGUUUUCUAUUUAGGCAUUAUAGUGGACUAAUUGGUACUCUGUCCGAAAUUUCACAAUUCUUUCUUUUCUUUUUGUUUUCUUGGUUUGUUUAGAUCAUAUUAUCAUUUGAUUGUAAGCUUGUGCACUUUAUCAACAGCUAAAUUGAUGAUCUCUCUUUUUCAGCAAA